GGCCUAUUCGGAUCACCUGUAGAAGGUAUAAAUAGCGUAGCGCGAGAUUCAAAGCAUAGUUUGUUCUAGUUCUCAACGAAGACAACAUCUAAACUCAACCAUCAUGUCUGGACGUGGUAAGGGCGCUAAAUCCAAGAGCAAGGCCAAGAGCCGCUCAUCCCGUGCAGGGCUUCAGUUCCCUGUUGGUCGUGUGCACCGCUUCUUGAAGAAGGGCAACUACGCCGGCCGUGUCGGUGCUGGUGCCCCCGUGUACCUUGCUGCCGUCCUCGAGUACCUGACCGCUGAGAUCCUCGAGCUCGCUGGCAACGCCGCCCGCGACAACAAGAAGAGCAGAAUCAUCCCCCGUCACCUUCAGCUCGCCAUCCGCAACGACGAGGAGCUCAACAAACUUCUUGGUGGAAUUACCAUCGCCCAAGGCGGUGUUCUCCCCAACAUCCAGGCUGUUCUCCUCCCCAAGAAGAAGUAAAUUCUUCAUCUCACCUUGUGAACUCAAACGGCUCUUUUCAGAGCCACCAAACCUCCAAGAAAGAAAUAAAAGAUGAAACUCGUCUCACUUUACUAGACCCAGAUAUUGCAAUAUUCGUACGGUACAUCCCUUCCUCUUCUCUUUAUUAAUGAAGUAACACACCCAGUUACAAAAAGUGCUAGUUUCUGAUUAAAAAUCUAGUUGCAGACUCACACCUACCAUGGAGUUACUAGUAACUACUCCAUGCACCUACUGAUUUUGUUGUCAUAUCUUUCACAUAAAGCCGAAAAAGCCGACAUAAAGUAGAAACGAUAACAUUAAACAUUUUAAUUAAAAAACUUGACAUUAUAUCGUCACAAGUCUUGUUUACAAUAACAUUAUUCACCAUUUCGCAUGGCAAUCAUGCAUCGCCCACAUGACUUUGUCUUUUUAAUUUCAAUGUUUUACAAGUAACAUGACUAACAAUGUAUUAAUAUAUUUUCUCUCUUGUUCAAAAUAAUGUGGGUGGAAUAAUUCCCAUUGUUGAGAGAGCUGAUUGCAGAGAUUAAUAUAGUAGGUCCCCUUUACCAUAUCAUGCCUAUAUCAAAUAUUGUGAUAUAGUGAAAAGGGAUUUCUAAGUAGUUUGACCUAGUAAUUAUGCACUUUUGCUCCUGUAAAAUACUUCCGUUGCAUUUCAGAAACAAAACGUCAUUUUUUUAAAAGAUUAUAAAACGUUUCCGCUUUCCCUAUAAUUACCAUGCGUCUUAAUCCCAGUGAGAGAAUGCGAGGUCAGGUUUUAAGUUGUAAAACGCCCAAAUUUGAAAUGCAUAUCCCCAAAUCCUAAGGCAUGGAAUAACAGUAAUAAU